AUGAUGCAGAUGGGACCAAAUGGACCACAUCCAGUUCUUCCAGGAAUGCCUUUAGGAGCCAUGCCGCCACUGCCUCCAAUGACUCCUAUGCCACAGAUGGCCAACGGAGUUGGUCAUCCUCAUAUGAUGCCAAAUGGUGUUCCGCCAGGACCACCACAUCACGUUCAUCGUGGAAGACCACCAGGACGUCCAGCAGCUUUCACACCCCUGUUUUUUUCUCCGUAA